AGGGGCUUCGCACGGCCCUGGCGCGACUGCGGCACUGUACCCCUGCGGGGGGCUCGCUGCCGAGCACACCGAAUCCACCGUCCACCCCGGAACACAAGUCCCAAGGGUGUUCGAGGAGUCGUGAGUCGGCAGCCAGAUGUGGCAGUUUGGGAAGUAACGCGGGUGACACGGGGGAUACAUCGCAGUCGCAGCCAUUGCGGGGACAGCAUGGAGCCGACGGCGGCGGCGGCGGCGGGCGGGACAGCGAUCUUCUGUCGUCCGCGAUCCGACGGUUUAACUUCAAGUCGGCCGGCGGCAGCCGUAGCUGCCGCACAGUGCCGAAAGUCGUGGUCAUGGGCUCCAGCACGGCGUCCGAGACCACGAUCAACACGAGCACCGACAGCGCCAACACCAUGCUCACCAUGGUAACGACGACAGACGGGGAGCAGCCAGACGACAGCUUCGAUCUAAUCGACGUACCGGCCGAAAUGUCACCUCCCGCUACGGCCCCGUCUCAACAAUCAUCCAUCCAUCCCGCUGGUCAUCGGGGGCAUCCCGAUGACACUAUCGGGAGCAGCCAUACCUCGUCGCCGGCAUCACCUACAUCACCGAUCUCCGUCGCGGCGCCGGCGAAUCAAACCACCCCGCCGUUACCACUUCCGUCGACGCCCACGACCCCGCUUUGCACCUUCGAUGGGACCGAGGUCGCCGGGCCCUCGGGUCGCUGUAUGCGCUCGAGACUCGAUUCGGGUCAACCUGACGGUAACAAUAAGACGACCACCGGUUCCUCUAUCAAUCAGGGACACAACUCAAAUAACGGCGCCGAGGGCACGACGACUCAUCCGCCGCCCACGCCCAUGGUCCCCACGCAUCAGGAGACCAGGUUUACCUUCGGCGGUAGCGGCAGGACCCCGCCUCUUCCGGAUCUCAGAGCCGCGGAUUUCUUUAGCACCCCCGUGAGAGGCUCGGUGGACGCGGGUCAGCCCAAUUCGGCCGAUACGCGUUCCUCGAUUCGAAAUCUGGUGGCCGCCCAGGAGAAGCAGAACACCAGGGCGGGAUAUCAGAUCGAUUACACGGCCAGCGGGAAAGUCAACUCGAUUCAGGCGAACACGCUUGAGAAGGGCACGACCGAACACAGGCGAAGCCAGAAGAGGCCCAACAUCAACGUGACGACCAAUCCGCUCGAUAUAUCGCUCUUAAGCGCGACCCAGCCGUGCAAUACCCAGGGCUGUAACAUUCAGAGUAGCGCGAGCACGAAAUCGCGACGAUCAGCGGAAUCUCAUCCACUCGUUUCAGCCAUUCAUUCAUGGGUCAGGCUCUUUUUCCCGUUUUGCGCAAUAGGCGGAAGUGCCGGUGGCGGCAGCAAGCGAUCGACCCAGGCGACGAUCGUGGUGCAACAGCCGUCCUUGUCGCUGGACGCGCCCGCGGCGACGAUUCUGCUGCACCCGGACGCCGACGCGAGGCGACGCGAAGAAAACAUGCGGCAGCUGCUAGACGUUGCCAAUACCCUCACCCUACAGGAGAUACACGACUUCGAGAUGAGAUAUGGAAGCCCUCAUCAUAGUCGAUCACAGUCAGUGAAGGCUCCUGGCAGUCGCUCUUCCGGUCGGCCGAAUUAUCUGUGUCUUCCGCAACAAAGAUCGCGAGUGGCGAGUAUGCCCAACACCGGCGUGGAGGAGGAGUACUACAGACUACGGCACUUCAGCAUCACGGGCAAGGGGGUGGUAAACCGGGGCGACUCCCUAAAGAGCCGCAGAUCGCGCUCUAACAAUAGCGUCGCGUCCAGCAACUCUAGUCUUUCUUCUAUUCGACGCAGCACGGAACACCUGACUGCCUCGUACCCAGGAACGGCGCGGAACUCGGCGGCGGGCUCGUUGGCGAGUUCGAGGGAGAGCAGCGCGUCUCAAGGUCCGGCGCCGUAUCGCGUCCUUAUGCUGGGCGCCCCCGCCGUUGGCAAGAGCUCGUUGGUGUCUCAAUUUAUGACUUCCGAGUACCUGCACGCCUACGACACUUCGAUCGAUGACGAGUCCGGCGAAAAGACCGUCAGCGUGCUCUUGGCUGGCGAGGAAUCGGAAUUGACUUUUAUCGAUCACUCUUGUGCCGAAAUGACGCCGGAAAAUUGUAUCUCGACGUACGAGCCGCACGCGUACUGCGUCGUUUAUUCUACGACCGAUCGGGCUUCGGUGCGCACCGCUGAGGAGGUUCUCCAAUCCUUAUGGCGGAGCGAUCACGUAUCCGCGAGGGCGGUCAUCCUCGUGGGGAACAAGGUCGACCUCGUUCGCAGCCGAUUGGUAUCAACCGAAGAGGGUAAAUCCAUGGCGACGUCUUACGAUUGCAAAUUCAUCGAGACAUCCGUCGGAAUUAAUCACAACGUCGACGAGUUGCUGGUCGGCCUUCUCACGCAGAUCCGCCUGAAGCUGGAGAAUCCCGAGAGGACUAGAGAAAUGUUCCGGAAAAGGUCGCGGAAGAACCGCAGCAAGUCGCCGCUGGGCUCGUGCUCGGAGAACAACUCGCCUAAGAAGUAUCGCGGCAGUCGGACCAGCACCAGCCUGAAGGUGCGCAAUUUGCUCGACAAGGUCUGGGCGCGCGACAGCAAGUCGAAGAGCUGCGAGAAUCUGCACGUUCUGUAAAAUCCGAGGACCGCGUGAGACGAUCGAUACCGAUCAUCUCGAUUCAGAAUGAUCUGGAGCAGCGGAGUCGCAGCUUCCAUUGAAACGUCUUACGCUUCAAAUACGGGGAGCCGUCUUCAAAUACCGAGGGGGUCAAUGAGGCGACACUCUCGUCGGAGAAGAGGCCGAGUAUCGACCGCUCUACACUCUCAAGAAGAGGAGGCACGUGCGUAUCGCUUUGUAAUGAAGUAGCGACCUUUCCGGCCGCGUUUCUCGACGUCGUGCGUUGUUAGCUCUCUGUGGACGAGGUUAUUUUUUUACAUUUCCGACGAAGCACGCACAGCGCCCGAUUAAUCAAUACUACGUAAAUCAUUUUUUUUUAUUUCGCUCACGCAACUUUGACAAUUUUAACAGUACGUCCCGAUUAGGGGUAAGCUAAAUCUUAGCUUAUUAUUUCCUAUUCUAUAUACUGAUAUUUUAAUUACCUCCUAAUUUAUGCGCUGUGAAAACUGGAUCAGUUAAUUUCUUUUACGACCUAAUCAAAUGUUUUAGAGAGAUUGAUCGUUGGUGAGACUUUUCAUAGCUUCUAUAAACUCCGGCCGUAAGUGAUAAAAUGUUUUUAAUCCCGAGGUGAGUGUACAAUUUUUGUGAUUACCGUAAAACGUAAAUAUAGGCCACAGAGGAUUGGCUUAGCGCCGUAUCUUACGAAGAGCGUAGGCGUCGUUAACGCGAAGAAUACGUUCGUGAGCCCGAGGAGGUCGUAAAAUAAAAUGCCUGUGAAGUAAAGUGAAACGCGACACCGAGGGCAGCAAUCAGCGUAGAUUACUACAGCCGAACUCGUUAUCGUACAUAACCAAGACCGUUAGGAGAAAGGAAAAUCGCAUCGAUCUUCAUCACGUCCGCUCGACCAAAGUUUCAUUGUCGCAGCCUAAAUGCGAGCGACAAAAAGACGCUCCGUGAGAAGGAAAGGUCUCUGUUCUAACGACGAAUAGUUGUAGAGGAGCGUAAAUAUACGCGCCUAUACGUAUUAUGUACGUCAUAUUUCUCUGCAGUUUUCUCAUAGUGACAAAACGCGCGCGCGCGCGAUUACAUUUACACCGAUGUUUUACAUUUCAAUUUUGUACGAAUUCCAUCGAAUCGAGAAGCAGGCACCGAAGCACGAUCUUCAACUGUGCUUCAGCAAGUGGAUGGCUUGUUGACCCUUUUGCGCUCAGCAAUUUGGACUAAAAUCUCGUAUAUACCGGAUUCCGCGAUAGAUAUAGCAAUACAGGCAGAGAGAUAGCUUUCCGUUGCGGUUCUUCUAGUAUCCGUUAAAGCAGUGACUCUCAAAUCUUUUUCAAUGAUAAUACCUUCAUUGAUAAAUUUUACGCGAGAAAUUACAAUUCAACGUUCGACGAAUAAUUCAAUAUAUACAUGUUGGAUGAAAAAAUAAAAUUUGCAUUAAGCAAACCAGGGAAAAAGAUAGAGACAAGAGAUAGAAUGGAAGUUUGAGACCUCGGAUGUAAUUUUAAUUCAUUUCUAGAAAAGUAGACACUCUUUGGACUGACUAUACGAUAAUAUAUGUUAAUUCGUUAUGAUAAUCUAUUUAUAUACAUAUAUAUAUAUAUAUAUAUAUGUAUAAUUCAUGUUUGUAUGAAAUACAUGUAAAAUUUCUUAGCCUUUUGGUCGUAGACAUUUAAUUAUACGAAUUAAAUCUAUUUAGUAGCAUAUUAGAGUUGAAAAUAUAAUAGACAUCUUAUUCUUGCCACCUCUAUUACGCAAAAUUAUUUCUAAAUUAUCUUUGAGCGUUGAGAUAUUUAAGAAUUUAUGGCAUAAGAACCAUUAACAUAAAUUUAUGGUUUUAAUAAUCACUAUAUUAAAGCAAUAUGGUAGGAUAAUUAGUAUCAUGGUAGUAUAUCGAAAUUUCCGUUCUAUUCAAGUCUGUUAAAAACAUAAUCUUAAUAAUCAUCCUGUUACCAUUUAUUUUAGUAUAAUCCUACAUUGUAUUUAUUACAAGCAAUUUUAUUUAAUUUAAAAAGCCGAAGCACCUUCAAGUUUUCUUUAUCGCGGUUAACAGCCGACAGCCAUUAAAGGAAAAUUGAACAUAUCUAUGAUUGUCAUAUUUGGGUCAAAGUAACGAGCAUGCGUAAAGUAGAACAAACGCGAUUCUAAGCAGAAAAGCAGAUCCGGAAUGAUUUAAAGGGAUCGUAAUAAAUCGUUAUUAAAGCGAUCCAAGGGAUGAGAUCAAAUGCAACGAAUAGCAUAAGUCGAUGAUCCGAGAACUUUUUAGCCUUAAUUUCCGACAGUCGCGUAUCUUUACGAAGCAGGUAUCCGGUUAACGAUGAACGGGAAUGCCUUGUGUUUACAUUAAUAACAAACGCGAGCAAUUUCCAUCAUCUGAAAACAUUUACUUUGUAUAAUUGAGCAUUAUAUUCUCAUUAGAUAAGAAGUUAAAUCGUAUAUCGUCUCUCGGUUCGUUACACGAUCAGCCGCGAAAUCCGAAAAUGCGCAACUGUCGGAGAGUUAAACGAGGUAACAUAUGCGUCGUGAAAUACGCGAGGUCGUGAAAGAUAAGUGGGUCGUCUCCCCUCCCUCCCCCCCCCGGCCACCGCGAUUUUACCCGUUCCCUGAAUUAAAGGGCUCUGAUACCAGCGGCGAAACGCAACAUAACACGACGCCAGCAGGCGAAUCGAAUCGUCGCUGCGAAAGGUCGUCCCAUACGACAAGCAAUUAAUUUCCUAACGAUCUCGAUACCGGCGAUCGGUUGACGUCGCAAACUCUCGCAGCGCGGAACGUUAACACCGGAAAAGAAUCGACCUACGCUGAAUUCGCGUUCGUAAACGAAAAAGAUAAAAAAAAAGAGAAAAAUCUCUCCGACGGAGGACUUGCCUCGCGAAUACGAGUUCCAUUCUCGCGCCGAGUAUGUACAAAUGACAAUUUGCAUGAAUGACGUUGAAUUUUGAAUCACUGAUAUAAUACACAGAUUAUGUCUAAAGUUGCACAUUUUUUCAGGCUACGGAUAUUUUGGUGAAUUUGGAAUUGUUCUUUUCUGAAUAUCCAUGCUUGUAUUUCCAAUUUAUGUCACGUGCAACGUUUUAGCUCUUGCAGUCUUUUGCGCGUCUCGAUAAACAAGAUGCAAAGUGAAAUUUAGAUAACGUAAUCUCAUAUUAAAUUCAUUAAUCAGGAAUUAGAUUCCGUGACUGCUGUUACAGCUGUUACGGUUGUAGGCGUAAUAAAAAAAAAAAAAGAUUUUGAUAUUAUAUCACAUCAUCACAAUAAUACUAAUGUUCCAGCGCGAAUAAAACGGAAUGCCGUUCGUUUUUUCAACUUGACUUUUCUACAUUUACGGGCGAAUAUAUGUGACGCGUAUGCGAGAUACGCGAGACACUCUGCUAGAUAAUAUAGGUAUUAAUUCUUUCCGCAUUCCGCGUAUAAAUCCUCUGACGCGGGCGUCGUGCCUGCCUGUCUCGUUGCCCACUUCAAUUAGCUAAAUUAUACGUAGAUGCCCUAAGGUGCGCCCUACAAAGCAUCGAGCUGCAUGCGUUACACAUAUAGUUCGCUGCGACAUGCAAUAUUUUUUUCGCGUUGGAAUUUUUUCGCAACUGUUCACAACUGUAUUAUUCAUUCCGCAACAUUUGAUAAUCUCGCGACUGCACACUGUGCAUACGUGUAUAUGUCCGUCCGUAUUUGGUUCUUUCAUUUACAAUACGUUACUUUAACUCUUUACUUCCACCUGUGUUUUUCUCUUUGCUUUCUUUUUGAAAUUCUCGAUUCCGUACAAGCGUACGCAUCUACAUUCGUGCACAAUAAAAAAAAAACUCGAGAAUUCUGCCUAAAAUAAUCCGUGAAAAGCAAACAAUUGUGGAAAAAUAGAAAGAUGUCAUUGUUAUUGUGGAUUUGCUUCAUCUCUCAAAUUUAUUGGAAGAUAAAUCGAACGAUAAACCGUACUAAGUAAAAAUAAAUAAAAAAGAAAUAUAGUUUCCAUUUUGAUUGUCCGUAAGACAUAACUCGAAUUGUUAUUACAAACGAUACGGAACAGCGGAUUUCUAUAGUAUCUUUAAUUGAAUAAACGUGUUACAACUGUCCGUACUUAAUUAUCUUCUACGAAGUUUCUUUUUUACGUUACAAAUAUAAAGCAAUAUAAUACGGAACACAUUCUUUCAAUAUAUUUCUCUCUCUAUACUAGAACUUUUAAAUUAAUUACGUCGCUGUUCUCCAGCGACGUAAUAUAAUACUGUUUAAUAUCGCUAAUGGUGACAUUUCUUUUGCGGUAACUAAAUACAGGUACGACCGCUGAAAAUUAUUAUAUGCAUUUCCGUGUCGCGGAGUUCAGGAGCAACAAACUACUAAUUAAUGUAACUGGAAACGUAUGACAAAGUAAAUUGUGUAAUUGUGUAAACCAGUGAUUUAGCGUUUUAAAUAGAAGACUCUAAUAUUGUUUCGUUUUAAUAAAAAAAACAAAAACAAAUUAUAAACACAUUCAUGAUAUAAGCAUUAUUAUCGAUUAAUUUUUUUCUUUCUUUGCCAUUUUUUUUCCAAAUAAAUAUCAUUUAUUUUAAUGUAUUAUUGAAUUUGUUAUUGAUAUUAUAAUAUAAUUUAUUUUUUAUUUAAUUUGCAGUAUUUGCUAGCUAAUGUACUUAUUAUACUUCGGAUAUUUAGUCCCGUACACAGUUUUUAAUUCUGAAAAAUUGAUUUCUUUAAAAAAUGUUUAAAUUCUCUCUCUUUCUCUCUCCUGUUCCUUCUUCUCUCCUCCCUUCUUCCCUCGCUCCGUCUGAAGUAAAAAUAAAAAUACGGAGUUUUUAGUUACCUUCAGCAUCUCAUCAAAUCGAAAGCUUAUUAUCAUUAUUAUCAAUAAAUAUAAGUAUUUAUUCGUGGAAAAGCGAAUCGAAGGUGCGUUUGCGGGAAACAGUUGCGAGAAAUUCAGACGUUUUGAACUUUUGUUCGAGCCGUCGCGAAGCUGUCGCUUUGGAAAGUAAAGGACUUCUCACAAAAGACUUCCGAUGCGAUAUAAACGAUAAAAUUGCGUCAAGUCAAUGAUUGAUAAUGUAUAUUUAAGAUAACGUGACGUUUCAUUGUUGUCGCGUCCAGCACGAAACUUAGACGUUUCUUGUAUUCGAAAUGUAUUAUUACGGAAGCAAUUUUUACGGAAACGAUUGUAUUUGACCGUAUCCGAGCGAACGCGUAAAAGUCGGUCGCGCUCGAUCGACGGCCGAAAAGAAAAUCAUUGUUCACGUCGCCGUUGCAGCGACAACGGGGAAUUCGGGGCCAAUUUGUCGAUCGUCUUUGUUCUCUCACCGAAUGGCAGACGGUCGUUUGUAACUUUUGACACGCGAAACUCGCGAAUAACUUUCUUGCUCGUGGUGUUAUGUGUAUACAUAACUUCUGCGGCGUUAUUGUGAACCGAAUACAAAGCGCGUGUUUCUCCGACGCAUAUUAAGGAGUCAAUAUUGGGAGACAGGUUCGCGGGAAAAAUAAAAUGGUCCAAGUAUCACUAAUCUAAAACGGAAGAGAACGGAAUUUAUAUAUAAUUCGGUGCGUAUGUUAAUAAAUGGCAACGCUUCUCUUGACACCACCCGUUUGAGAAUAUUGUAAAAGUAUGUGGUUUUUAUAGACAUGUCUUCCAUCGAUUAUCAGUCAAAAUGUACUGACGAACAUGCUACGCCGUAGUGCAGAAACGCAAACAGUUAUACGGCGAUAAUAUCGGAAGAAACUAGUCGGAUAAUGAUAAAAGUUGUAGCCAAUGACGCGGUUAAAAGGAUUGCCCUCUUGUUAAAAGGUGUUCGCGAACUUUCGGCGAUGGGGCGUGAUAGCGCACUAUCGCGCCCCGGCUUCUCGGCAAUUUAACGGCCACGGUAAUGCUGUACACCAAGGCGGGUUAAUAAUUUAAUACGAGCGCGUUAUCUCGCGUGACUCGCUCACAGUUCAUAAUAGCGUAAUAUAUUGCUGCUCGUAAUAUCGCACUCGGGUCCUCCUCGAGAAUCGUCGUAGUAGCGAAGGAAUCGAUAGCACGCUUAUAUUCGUUUUCUAUCGACGCGACGGCCCAUUGUUCGCGACACCGAAGCGAAUUCGAGUGGCGAUCGAUGGCUUCGUAUCAUCAUCAGGCGCACGAAAUACGUCGGUUUCCCAUAUCGUCUUUCGUCUAGUUAGUCACGGAGGUCAGCUUUGUUUCGAUAAUGGAAUCUUUUUAGCUUGUAAUCGUUAUCGUAAUUGUAUGCUAUAAAUUGCGUGUAAUCGUUAUCGCAAUUUCUUGGAGGCUCAUUCCGACGGAAUCAUUAGUGAGCGUUUACUGUUGCGUUGUGCAACGUCGUUUGAUGCCUAUUUUCUUUCUCCGAUAAUACAUUUUUUGUUGGCAACAAAAAAACGCAAAUAACGCCAUUGAAAAAAUAUUUAUCGCGAGUGUUAGUAGAACAAGUAAAAAUAUCCUGUAAAAAUAUAUUUCAAACGCAGGAGGCCGUUAAAAAUAUGGACCAAAAUACAAAUUGAGCAAUUUGAUGCGGAAAUAAAGGAAUAUUAUUUUGUAUUUUGGAAGCCAAAUAUGUAUUUAUGUCAAAUGCACGCACUUGAAAUAUUACAUUGCUCUGAGUAUGCGCGAAAUGUGUUUUGUAUAUUAUUAUGGCUAUAAAAGACUGUACGGGGUAAAUCUUUUAAACUUUGCUCGUUCGCAUUUUACGCUUCAUAUUCCUCUUGCCUCCCUCGUUUAAAAAAUGCAAAUACGAGGAUUUCACACUCCGACCGACGUUGCACGUUGCUUGUUCAAUCGCACGCUGACCUUAAUCCCUUAACGUCAGUAUCCUUUCGCCGAGACGUAUAGAAGUGAACGACGAAUAAAACGCUUGUUAGCCAUACCAUAACAGGAAUGAAAUGACAAGAACCUCUUACGAAUGCUGGUUUUGAAUUGGAGCGUUAUAAGAAGCGAUACAAAACUGACAUUAAUUCAUUUCUUUCCGUGGUGUAUUCCGAUAGAAUUCUAAUUGACCGAAGGACUUACAGCUAAUUCAAACGUAUGCCCUUGCAAGAUUGAUAUGCAAGUCGCAAGUUAUGCACGCGCGAAAAAUUCGCGAUAGCGCUUUAUUUCGCAUCUGGCACGAUUUCUUUUUAAUUCCUUUCGAUUACGGAUGAAAUCUCGCGUUUCUCGAUCUCCACAGAAUCAAGCGUCAACGUACCAGCGGCGAUUCUUGAUUUAACGUCUCGAUAAAUUUCAAUUUGUAGCCGAAUGACCUCUACGUUUACGCGACGACGAAAGUGCCGACAAACGCGAUGCGAGAUACAUUUUGCCACGGGUGUGCAGCACGGCGAAACUAAACUACCCGUCGAAGUAACACCGGUUUCAAUUUCCGCGACGUAUUUAUAUGCUUACGUGUAGCGUGCGUACAAAUUACGAUUGAUACACGAUAGCUCGUUAGCAAACUCCGAUUGUCGAUUUAGAUUUAGGGCAUACGUAUACACUUCUCUCUCUCCCCCCUCUCUCUCUCUCUCUCUUUCUCUCUCUCUCUAUCUAUCUAUCUAUCUAUCUAUCUAUCUAUCUAUCUAUCUAUCUAUCUCUCCAUAUCUCUAGCUUUCUCACUCUCCCUCUCUCAGAGCAGCGAAGAGAGAAGAACCGCGGCACAUUGCCCGUAACUAUUGAUUGCCGUUUGCUAUUGGGAUAUUGUCGCUUUGUAUUAGGAGACGGUGAGUGGAUCAAGUAGCAUGUAUACCUUAUUAAUUCGAAGCCCCGCGCUCAGGAAAGGCGCACGCGAUAUUUAUUUUUAUAAUGCUAUAUACGUAUACAUACAUACAUACAUACAUAUAUAUA